AUGGGAAAUUGUGUAAAAUAUUUUAAACAACAAUCUUCUUCAUUUGCUUACCAACCUCUUCUCAUUCCUCCAAUUUCAGUGGAGGCAGAAAACGAGAAUCUGAGAGUCUUCAGCCUCAAGGAAUUGAAAAAAGCAACAAAGAAAUUCAAACAAGAGAGAGUAGUAAUUGAAGACAAUGACUCUGUUCGAACAUUCUACAAAGGCUACAUUAAUGAGACCACAUUUGCUCCAUCAAGAACUGAAACCGGCAUUGCUGUUUCUGUCAUGAGAUAUCUUCAAUAUCGUUCACCAACUCUAAAAGAGUGGAUGGAAGAAGUGGAAUCUCUAGGGCAAAUUUCUCAUCCAAACUUGGUCAAACUUUUGGGUUACUCAUGUGAAGAUGACGAAUCACGUUUCUUUGUUUUUGAAUACAUGCACAAAGGAAGUUUGGACCGUCACAUAUUCGGAAAAGAAGAAGAGGUAUUGCCAUGGGAAGUACAGGUUAAAAUAGCCAUUGGAACAGCUCAAGCUCUUGCAUUUCUCCACUCGGUUAAGAACAGCUUGCUACAUCUAGAACUCAGAAUGCAUAACAUUAUGCUUGACGAGGAAAAUCGUCGACUCUUGGGGGGAUUUGAAUACUUUCCUCCUGAAUAUGCAUCGAUAGGUCAUUGUGGAACGGUGACAGAUGUUUACACAUAUGGUGUGAUCUUGCUUGAGCUCUUAACUGGUCUCAAAGCUUUGGAUAAUGAAAGGAAUAAUGACAAGCGAAAGUUAUCUGUUUGGACCGAAUCUUUCUUGUCCGAUGUUUAUAAGAUCGGAGAAAUCAUUGAUCCACGACUUGGAAAUGAUUAUCCUGUGAAUGCAGCGACACAGAUGGGCGAACUCAUCAAAAGAUGCAUCGAGCAGGACAGAAGGAAACGACCAUUGAUGCAAUAG